UAUAACGAGUAUCUUUUUAUUCUUUCCUCCAUUCUUUUACUUUCAACUAAUAAAAAUCAAAUCAUCGACGGAACAGCAAUUCAUCGGCACAUCUUUGCAUAUGCAUAAGUCGAUAACAAAGUUCAAUUGCAUUUUACUUCAAGUUAAUUGUCUGUCUCUUAAAAUAAAUUUCAUAUGUAAAUGCUUCAGUAUUACAUAAUUGAGAACCUCAUGACGUCAGUAGCACAUGUAACAAUGUAAGAUUGAGAAUUUUUUCAUUUAUUCCUUCCUCUACUCUUUUGCUCUCAACCAAUAAAAACAAAUCUUCAACGGAACAGCAAUUUAUCAGCACUUCGUUGCAUAUGCGGCGAAGCUGAUAACGAAAUUCAAUUGCAUUUCGCGAAUUCCUCGGUACUGAUUUCAAUAAUUUUAUCAAAAGUGUUCUUUUACCAAAAUACCCAGAAAGACUUUUCUUCGCUGAAUGUUGUCGAUGAUGCAGCCGACGGCGAUCGCAUACUUCUUGUCGCUCUGUAGUUUCCUUGGUGCGGCGACAGUAAACGUGACAUUCGAGAACUUGCAAGAACUCUUGUCGACUGCAUUAAAUGAUACCAAGAACAAUGUCGACGCCAAUCUCAACACGUUGGAGCUAAUCAGAAAGGCAGGUUAUCCUGCAGAAGCUCAUGUUGUAUUGACGGAGGACGGCUAUCUUUUAACGAUACAUCGUAUUCCAGGUGGAAAAAAUUCUCCACUCGUGUUUCUGCAACACUGCCUUUUGUGCAGCUCCGCAGGCUGGGUCGUAAUCGGCAAGAACAAAGCACUACCUUUCAAAUUGGCCGAUCAAGGAUAUGACGUUUGGUUGGGCAACUUCCGUGGUAACACCUACUCGAGGGCGCACAUUACUCUGUCGCCGUCGGACUCGAAAUUCUGGGAUUUCAGCUUUGACGAAAUGGGCACGUAUGAUCUUCCCGCGAUGCUCUCUUAUAUCACAAAUCUAACGUCGAAACCAUUGCAUACGUACAUCGGUCAUUCGAUGGGAACGACCACAUUUUAUGUGAUGGCAAUAAAACGCCCAGAAAUCGCUAAAAUGGUCAGAGUGAUGAUCAGUCUCGCGCCUGCAGCCUUUGUAGGAAAUAUGACAGGCCCAUUGCGACUGAUCGCUCCUUUUAUAAGCUCCAUCGAGGCAGUCUUGCGUUCCUUAGGCGUAAAUGAACUCUUGCCAAAGAACAGUCUGUUGCAGUAUCUGACGAGAGUGGGAUGCAACUUCGAUCCCUUUACAAAACAGAUCUGCAGUGACAUAAUUUUCCUGAUCAUCGGCUUCGAUCAAGAACAGUUUAAUUAUACUUUAUUGCCCAUGAUCUUGGCUCACUUACCAUCCGGUACUUCAAUCAAAACCGUGUUGCAUUACAUUCAGGAAGUAAACUCGGGCAAGUUCCAAGCAUACGAUUACGGUCGACAAAAAAAUAUGCAGAUCUACAAUAUGACGGUACCGCCUGAUUACGAUUUAUCGCGUAUCACAGUGCCGAUCGCACUGAUUCAUGGCGAUAACGACUGGAUUGUUAAUGAAAAAGAUGUGAACAAACUUCGUGGCUUGUUGACCAAUAUAGUCGAUGACUACAGGGUGCCAUUUUCCAAAUUCAAUCAUGUCGACUACUUGUGGGCCAAAGACGCACCUACGCUGGUGUAUGAAAAAGUAUUGGAGACCAUGAAAAAGAAAGUAAAUUAGUAAAGAAUUAUAAUGUAAAAAAAUUGCAAAUUUUGACGGAAAGUAAUUUAAUUUACAAUAUUUUUAAACCUCAAUACAAUCAAUACACAAUAUCUAACACGCCCGUUUAAGUAAUUGUUUCUACCAUUAUCACAAUAAGCGGCAAUAAAAACGGCGAUAUAAA